AUGAAUCCGCAAAUGGGCCAGCAAGGCCAAGGUCAAGGCCAGCAAGCCGCUGCAGGACAGCCUCAACAGCGUCCCCCGCCUAUGUAUCAACCGGGACAGAUUCGAGCGUUGCCUACAUUGAGCGAGGAGGAGAAGUCCAAGUAUGAAGCCGGGUUGCAGGGACUCUGGAAUAAGGCGAACGGUUCACCUCAGAACAGCCAGGAACAUAUUGCAGCGCGACAGAAAAUUAUAGAAUUUUCCAAAAUGCUCAUCACCAAGAUCCAGUCAAGGCGUACUCAGAUGGCAAGCCAGAAUGCGCAGAAUCAACAGGCUCGCCCUCAGCAGAUGCAACAAAACGCCGCCGGGCAGGCGACACCUCAAGCACAGCCCCAGCAACAAGCAGCUGGCGCCACAGCUGGUAAUCAGGCAACUGGAGCAGCCGCUCAACAGACCCGAAUUCCCGAGCACAUCCUCCAACAUAUUGCAAAGAUAAAUUUCCGUGCGCCCGCCCAGGUAGCAGAGAAAUCAGGCGCCGACGCAAAUAAAUGGGUAGAGGAGAUAAAGCAACGCUAUACCCGGGCACUCAUGACCAUGGAUAACAGCAAGCAAAAGGUUGCGCAGAUUGACAAGCUCAUUAAUGAAAGAGCUGCUGCUGGAACGCCGUUCAAGGAGGAUGAGUUGAGGCAGCUUCAAAUUAGGAAGGACCAGCAACUCAAAGCGCAUUCUGAUGCGCACAAGUGGGUUGACAGUGUUCGCAAGCAACAAGGUAACCUGCAAGGCACUGGCCAGGCACAGGCGCAGGCACAGGCGCAGGCACAAGCGGCACAAAACGCGGCGAGAGCUUCUCAACAACCUGCUACAGGUCAACAGCCUGCUGCAACCCAACAACAAUCACAGUCUCAACCACAGCAGCAGCAGCAGCAAUCUCAACAGCAACAACAGCAAAGUCAGUCGCAGCAGUCGCAAACUCAAACACAGGCUCCACAAAACCAACCUCAGGCAACUCAAGUCCAAAACAACCAGAAUAACGCUCCUCCAGUGAAUGCUGCUGUCGAGGUUGCCAAACAACAGUUAGCCGCCGUGAGUCGAGCCUCCUCUGCCAACGGAAAUCCAGGACCGGUACCAGCACAAGUGCGCCCGGCGCAAGGAACUCCUCAGCCCGGACAGCAACAACAAUUACCACAAGCACCAGUUCAGGUCAAACAGGAACCUGGCACUGCUCCCGCCAACCCUGCUGUAGUUCAAGCAGCUGCGCACAACCAAGCCGGAACACCUACUCAGCAGAGCGCCCCGCGCAUCCCUACACCACAGCAAGCCGCCGCCGCAGCUCCAACAACAGUGCCAGGUCCUCAGCGAGCUCUCAGCCACUCUGCUGCUAUAGAAAUGGCAAACAAGACCAUUAACACUCCUGGGAGUGCGCAGCUACCUGGCCGCCCUGCCGCAGCCGGAACACCAACACCAGGCAGCGCAGUGAAUCAAGGCGUGAUGGGGCCAAAUGUUCCCCAGCAGCCGACUCCACAGGGUCAUCCUCAUGCACAUCCACCACAACCUCAACAAACACCAAUGCAAUCCAAGAUGCCCAUCCCCAAAGUGCUUCCUGACAAGGCCACUGCCGUGCCUCAGGGUGUUUCGGUCGGAGGCGGAGUGAAUGCAGGUCGCCCAACGAUGACUCAAGGAAGCGGAACGCUGGGUGGUGUCAUGAAUCAGCCUGCGAUGGCCCGGAUUCCAGCCUACAACCACGAAGCCGAAGGGGAUCACGUUUUGAGCAAGAAGAAAUUGGACGAGCUGGUCCGACAAGUGUGCGGUGGGCCAGCUGAGGGGCAAGAUGGAAACCUACUCACCCCUGAAGUGGAAGAGAAUGUUUUGAAUAUGGCAGACUCGUUUGUUGACAGUGUUCUACAUGCAGCCUGUCGAAACUCAAAGGAGCGCGGGUCUAAGGUGCUCGAGAUCCGUGACAUUCAACUUGUGCUAGAACGAACUUACAACAUUCGUGUCCCUGGCUACUCUUCUGACGAGCUCCGUACAGUCCGAAAGAUUCAACCAUCUACUGGAUGGAUUGCAAAGAUGAGUGCAGUCCAGGCUGCCAAGGUCAUGCCAGGCAAGGGUGAAUGA